CUAAAAUACUAUUUAAUUGCUUACAGGUACUCAUUUAUAUUCUUCCAAAAGCUGUAACAGAACAAGGAAAUUCAACGAAUAUUUGACUGACCAAAAUGGCAGGAAAAGGCAGAGGAAUAGCAGCAUUCACUUUCAACAUCGAGGCCCUGGGUCUCACCAGAGGGUCCAUGCCAGAAACCCAGAGAGGGCCAACUCCACUCUUCCCACAAAUUGAAUAUAAACCAGGGCCUUUGAAAGCUGGGGAGGAUGAAGACUAUAUGAGAGCUUUGAAACAAGAGAUGAGAGGACGAAUGAAAGACCUCCCGUUUAACAUAAAACCCCAUGCAGGAAAGGGAGAUGUGGAGAGGUACAAGGAGAAAUACACAAGAGAAAUUAAAAGAAUUGAAGAUGACAACUGGACACCAGAUUGGAACCGUCUUCCAAAGGAGCUGAAGCCACAAAAGAAGAUAAUUAGAAAGAAAAGAGAUACUACGAAAAAUGCAAAGAUCUCAAGUAAGGACAAGGAGGAAGUGCUGAAUAAACUUGAUGAACUUGAAAAGAAGGGAGAUGUAAAAUCAGACGAGGAGGAUGAAGCAGAGGGAGGGAAGAAAGAAGACGAGGAAGGAGAAGAAGAAGCAGAAAUUGAAGGAGAAUAUGAAGAAGAGCUUGAAGAGGAAAAUGACUACAUAGCAAGCUACUUUGAAGAUGGUGAUGAUUAUGGGGGAGGAAGUGAUGACAACAUGGAUGAAGCCACUUACUAGCAAAAAAAAAAAAAAAAAGCACAAAAAUUAAAGAACAUCCUAUGCAAAUCAUAUCAAGCACAAAAAUUAUGUAUCAAUACUUAUGUACUAUAUAAAAGCACUAGAUUUAGUUGAUACACUUCAUGUCUACAAAGAGCACAGUGUUGUAUAGGUAUAAAAAUAAGAUUCAGCUUAAUUAUAUAGAUAGUCUAAACUGGUAUCAUUUAAGCAAAAUGAUUAUAAAAUUCAAAGCUUAAAAAUAAUUAGAGGAGAUUCAGAUACUAAAAUAUAAUUCCUUUAUUUUCAACCUGCAUCUACAGGAUGAAGGCACAUACUGUUCAAAUGUCAUUAGUGUACUCCAUGUUUCAUAGAAAUGCUUACAUCUCUGCUACUUCAAUGGAACCUAACAUGUUUGAGAAUAAUUUAGAAAUCAUCCGUGUUCUUGCUAGAAGAAAAAAACAGGAAUCCAUUAUGGUUCCAUUUAGGUGUUUUUCUUUUUUACAAGCAAAGGUUAAAAUUUUAAAACCAGCAACUUUUUUUUUUAUAUA